GGCUGUCACGGACCCGAGGGAUGGUAGGAGAGUAGCCUUAAAAAAACUGCCGAACGUCUUUCAAAGUCUCGUGAGCAGCAAGCGAGUCUUCAGGGAGCUGAAAAUGCUUUGCUUCUUCAAACACGAUAACGUCCUUUCCGCGCUGGAUAUCCUUCAGCCGCCGCAUCUGGACUUCUUCCAAGAGAUAUACGUGAUCACCGAGCUGCUCCAGAGCGACCUGCACAAGAUCAUCGUGAGCCCGCAGCAUCUCAGCCCGGACCACAUCAAGGUCUUCCUUUAUCAGAUUCUACGAGGCCUCAAGUACCUUCACUCGGCCCGAAUUCUCCACAGGGACAUCAAACCCGGGAACCUCCUAGUGAACAGCAACUGCGUAUUAAAAAUCUGUGAUUUCGGAUUGGCCCGGGUGGCGGAGCCCGACCAGAACGUCCACAUGACCCAGGAAGUGGUGACACAGUAUUAUCGCGCGCCGGAAAUCCUGAUGGGCGCGCGGCACUACACCGCCGCGGUGGAUGUGUGGAGCGUCGGGUGCAUCUUCGGCGAGCUCCUACGCCGGCGGAUCCUCUUCCAGGCCCAAAGCCCCGUGCAACAGCUCGAAUUAAUCACGGAGUUGCUCGGCUCGCCCACUCUCGAGGAGAUGAGGUAUGCGUGCGAGGGCGCGAAGUCUCACAUGCUGAGAAGGGCGCAGAAGCCGCCGUCGCUGGCGACCCUGUACAAUCUUAGCAGCCAAGCGACGCACGAGGCCGUCCACUUGCUCUGUCAGAUGCUAGUCUUCGAUCCCGACAAGAGGAUCACCGUAGUGGACGCCUUGGCGCAUCCUUAUCUGGACGAGGGACGGCUUCGAUAUCAUUCGUGCAUGUGCACAUGCUGUUACACGACGAGCGCCGGUAUGAGACAGUACAGGGUGGAUUUCGAGCCUUCGGCCGCCCAUCCGUUCGACGAUCUCUGGGAGCGAAAGCUCACGAGCGUGCAGCAAGUGAAAGAGGAGAUGCACAAAUUUAUAGCGGAGCAGCUGAACACGUCGCGAGUGCCGCUCUGCAUUAAUCCGCAGUCCGCGGCGUUCAAGAGCUUCGCGAGCUCCACGGUGGCUCACCCUUCGGAAUUGCCACCCUCUCCACACCAGUGGGAAUAAAAAGUCUUCCCCGUUCCCGUCCCCGAGAUAGACCGUCGAGGGUGACGACUCCGUGUCGCGCUCCAAGAAGAGAAGAGGAGGGAUCCUCGCCGACCGGAAGAUAGUAAGUCACCGAUAACAAGAAGAAAGAAAAAGGAGGAAGAAGGAAAAACCGGGGAACUGGACUGGAAGCUGCGGAGAGAAGAGCCAAGAGAGACAAUAGACUGCCGCACACUGUAGCCUCAAUUUUCGACUAGCUGAUACAUAUACAUGCACGGGAUAUCGCGAGGGAUGCGUAGAAAAAUGGUAGGAACGUUUGACUUCGAAGAAUUUAGUGUUUCUUCGAUUUAUCCCCGAAAUGCAUUCCUCAAUGACGUUAAGAAUCGCUCGAUUUUUUAAAAUGCUUUUUUUAUUUUUUAAGAAAUUGAAAGUAUUCUUCGGAAAUGCUAAAUUGUUGUAAAUAUUGAAUAAAUACGCGCGAAUAAAUAUUUCCGAUUUUCGCGUAGAAAACAUUCAUUUCAAGAAACUUUGGAGAAACUAGUCUUGUAGAUUUCUGCUUGUUCCUUAUAAAAGAGAGUUGAAAGUUCUUUCAAUUUUUUCUCAGGGACAUGUACCUCUCGAAAGGAAACGGAAGUCUUCUUCCAUUUUUCUUUGGAAAUGCAUUUCUAGAUACUCUUUUUUUCCCGGAUCUGUCUCUAACGAGCUUUCUCCUCGUAACUCUCAAUAAUAAUUUAAUCAAAAGAUUAAAUAGAUUAUUUAACGACGGCAUUAAAGCGUGAAUAGACAAUAAGAUCCUGUUUCACGGUAUAUUCGAAUUUAAAUUUAAUUUAUACCUAAGCAGGAAUUUUUCCCCCCCGUUGGAUUACUAAAUUUUCUUUGAAUUCGUGGAACAUUGUGAUUAUCUCGUGUUUACUUUUAAGUGACACUCACGGGAUCCGAAGAGAAUUCUGAGAAUACUCAGGAUCAAUAUUGAGGAUUAAAAAUGAUGAAAGAAA